AUGAUUGUUGAAAUGAAACGAAAGGCAUCAACAGAAAGUACGUCGUCUUAUGAAGUCGAUCGAUUUAAGAAUCAAACCUCAUCAUUUGGUAAAUAUGAAGAAGAAGCCUUGAAGAUAAAAAUUGUUGAAGUGGCGUCAUAUGAAAAGAUAUUUGGACCAAUCAGUAUUGAUUUGCCGGAUUACCUUCAACAUAUGGAACUUCCAGAUUUUGAUUAUGACAAGGUCCUGACCUUCAAGCCUUCCGAAUAUCCUGAUUUUACUGACGCCCAAUGUCUUUUGCUUACUAAACUUAAAUAUAGAGUGCAAACUUGA